CUCUCUCUCUCUCUCUCUCUCCCUGCCACUGAAAUAAGAGAAUAAAAAAUAAAACCAAGCUCACAAGCUCUUCUGAUUUUCAAAAGCCUUCAAAAAAACAAGUCCACAGGAUCCAGAAAGAGAGAGAAAAGAAAAACAAAUACAAGCCCAAACAAAACCCAGAAAACAAAUUCUCAUAAAUGUCGCAAGAAGUUGUGGUUGAUACAUAAUCUCUCUCUCCACUCUCCGAAUACUCCUACACUCCAAAAACCCAACCAAACCAAACCAUAAGUUCCAAAUUCCCUCUCCCUCCUCUCAUCAGAUUUCCGGCGUCGACUUGCUGAGAAACCAGAUAAUUCUCUCUCGAUCCAAUCCAACUGACGAUGAGGUCUACAUGCAGCACCAUGUGCAUGCACACCAUCAACAAGAUACACGUUUUGUGUGUGUCAUGUUAAUAUGUGCAAGGAUUUUGGUUAUUUUACAUAAUUUGGAAUGCUUUCAGUAUCACCUCUUAGAAGCUCCAAGAAUGAAAGGGAGGGAGAGAUGGAAAGCUUCUUGGCUGCAGCAGACGAUUUCACUGACGGGUUGUCGGCAAACUUGCUUGACGAUAUCAACUUCGAUGAUCUCUUCGUCGGAAUUGAUGAUGGAGAUGUACUCCCAGAUUUGGAGAUGGACCCAGAGAUGCUCACAGAAUUCCCGGUGGAGUCAUCGUCGGAGGUGACUAUGUCGCCACCGACGACUGUGACUGAGAAAGUGGAGGAGAAGAAGGGAUCAAGUGGAGGAGAGAAGUUGGCGAGUAAGAGAGAGGACUCAGUCACGACAUCAGCAAAUUCUGGGCUGUGGGAUGGCGAUGGAGGCCGGAAGCCGGCAAUAGUGCAGGCCAAAGGGUCCCAAGGGAGGAAGAAAGUGAAGGUGGAUUGGACGCCAGACCUGCACCGUCGAUUUGUUCAAGUGGUGGAGCAGCUGGGAGUGGAUAAGGCAGUGCCUUCACGGAUUUUGGAGCUUAUGGGGAUUGAUUGUCUUACGCGCCAUAACAUUGCCAGUCAUCUUCAAAAAUAUCGGUCGCAUCGGAAGCAUACGCUAGCAAGGGAAGCAGGGGCGGCAAGCUGGAGCCAAAGGCGGCAAAUGUAUGGGGGUGGAGGGAAGAGAGAUAUGGGUCCUUGGAUUGCACCUACAAUGGGAUUCCCUCCUCUUCCUCUCCCUACUGCCUUCCAGCAUUUCAGGCCAUUGCACGUGUGGGGCCAUCCGACCGUAGAUCAGUCCAUUGUACAUCUGUGGCCGAAACAUCUGGUCCAUUCGCCAUCUCCACCGCCACCAUCAUGGGUGCCUCCUCCUCCUCUGGAUCCUUCCUAUUGGCACCCUCCACAUCAGCAUGUAUCCAAAGAUGGCUGGGCUCCAAAUGCUUUCACCCAAGGGACUCCUUGUUUCCCUCAACCAAUGACAGCCCCGAGAUUUCCUACUCCAAUUACAGUUCCAGUGCCAGGCAUUCCACCCCAUGCAUUGCGCAAAGUAGACAACGGCAUUCCCAUUCCAAGCGGACAAUCCGACCAUAUAGACUUCCAUCCGUCAAAAGAGACCGUAGAUGCAGCUAUUGGAGAUGUUUUAGCAAAGCCAUGGCUGCCACUUCCUCUUGGACUAAAGCCCCCAUCUAUGGAGGGUGUGUUGGUGGAACUACAAAAGCAAGGAAUAUCAAAAAUACCACCAUCUUGUGCUUGAUAACAUUAACAAUAUCUAAGGGUUGCCCCAAAAAAAACCAAUAAAACCCGAAAUUCGCCGACAUAUCCUUCUUGUAAAAAAGUACCCUUGAAAGCUCUUUCUUUUUCUUUCUUUCUUUUCUUUUAAUUUUACAUGAGGUUGUAACAGUGUGAGAUAUUAUAUAGUAAGCCCAAAAUGUUUUUCUUUUUUCUUUUUUUGGGUAGAAUGUUGGGGCUACUUGCUCUCUAAAUGCAGUAAAGAGGGUCGAUCGAUCCUGGGUAAUGCUGUAUAAGAACGGUGCGCUACCAACUAAACUAUUGAGUUGGGGUUAACUCAAGCUGUGUCCAUUUCAUGGUUUUCCAUUCUUAAAGCCAGAGUUUCCUAUUCGUCAUGGACAUGGAACUGUUUGGUACCACACCAGGGCCCAUAAUUGAUUUAUCCAAUCUAUUGAUUUGAUAGCCUCCAUUGUAGAUCAACCAUGCUCCAAAAUCUCUUCAUUUGGUUAAUUCUAUCAUUUUCAUUGUUUACAUGUAAAUACAUGGUUAAGAAGAAAUACACCAUAGUCGAUACUCCAUGGAGAAAAGACAAAAGGUUGAGGGUUA